AUGGUUAUAAAUGAAAAUAAUGGAUAAAGAGAAUAUUAAUCUAAUGAAAUAAAUCAAAUUAAUAUUUAAAAUAAUCAAGUACUUUAAUAACAAUAAUUCUAAUAAUAAAUUUCCAAGAAUUCUGUUUUUAUUGAAAAAAAUAUAUUUUAAGAAAUAUAAAAUCAAUAUUAAAUUGGAUAAAUAAUUCAUGAAAAUUAUUCAGGAACAGUUUCGCUUAUAACUCAUAAAUAAUCUGGUAUUAUAAGAGCUUUAAAAAUAAUAAAAAAAAAAAUUAAAUCUAUUGAUCACCCAUAUAUAAUAUAAGUUUUUGAAAUAUAUUAAGAUGCAAAAUUUUUAUAUAUUAUAUCAGAAUACUGCACAGGAGGUGAACUAUUAGAAGGAUUAAAAAAUAAACCGUCGUUUACAGAAAAAAUAGCUUCCAAAUAUAUAAAGUAAAUACUUUCAGCUUUAUCAUGUUGUCAUGUAAAUGAUAUAAUUCACAAAUAUUUAAAACCAGAGAAUCUUCUAUUUUAUUCAAAGGAAUAGAACUCCCAUUUAAAAUUACUUGAUAUAGGAUUUGAUCAUAUACAAUAAAAUCCAUUUUAUAUACCUCCAGAAAUAUUUUAGAAAUCUAAAUAUGAUUAAUCUUGUGAUAUAUGGUCUUUAGGUAUAAUUAUGUAUUUAUUAAUAUAUGGGUAAGUGCCUUUUAAUGGGAAUUCCGACAAAGAUGUGUAUAACUAAAUUCUUAGUGGUAAAUAUAAUAUAGAUGGAAAUAUUUCAAAUGAAGCUAAAGAUUUGCUAGAAAGAAUGCUCUAAAUAGAUCCUAAAUAAAGGAUUUCAUCUGUAGAAGCUUACGCUCAUCCUUGGAUUGUAAAUAAUUUAAGUGUAAAUCCACUUGGUGAUAUUAUGAUGGAUAAAUUAAACCUUUUUGUGGCUAAAAGUAAAGCUAAAGUUUGUUUAUAAAGCUUGUAUGAUAAUAUUAUUAUUAGUAAUUAGGAUAAAUUAAAAAUAUUUGAAUAGCAUGGAAAUACUAAUAAUAAUUUUUUAAAUAAAGAAGGCUUUACUAAAGUUUGUUAGAAAUUUAUUGAAAAUCCUGUAAAAUAUAGAGAAAUAGUAGAGAGUACAUUUUAAGCAUUAGAUAAUUAGGAAAAAAUUUAAAUAGAUUCUUUUAUAAGUAAAAGUAAAGAAUUAGAAAUAAAUAAAUAUAAAGUUAAAUUAGUAAAUUGUUUAAAAUAGGUAUUAUUUCUAUAUUUUUUUAAAUACUAUAAAAAUAAAAUUUUAUUAAAAAAAACUAAUUAAAAAUAGUGUAAUAAUAGCGAUAAUAUAAGCACAUAAGUUCUAAAAGAAAUAUUAUAUUAAUUGCCUUUUAACAAAUCUGCUUUAUAAUUAAUUAAAUAAAAUGAAGAAAAUAUUUGCAUAAAUACUUUUGUUAACUAACUUAUUGAAAAAAAGCAAUAAAAUUAAUUAUGA